UCAAUGGUGCUUCUCCAAAGAGUAAACUAAACGCAUGCGUUGUUACGUACAUGAAUGAAUUCUGUAUAUGUAUACAGGGUAUACAAAUGUGUAGUAUUCGAUGAGAGACAGCAUCUCUCGUGGUGGGAAUCAAGAUUGAAGGGAAGUCCAAACCUCCAGACCAAACGGAAUUCGGCUUUAAGUUACGAUAUUUUAAAGUUAAGAGUCGUCAUAUUUUUUCUCAGUAGUUAGUUAUACAGAGUAAUUAAUAUUGUAUCAGUGUAUAUUGUUAUGAUACUAAACUAUUGAUAAAUAAAUAUAUUUUUAAAUAAUUUUAAAAUAAAUGUAAUUAAAUGAAUUAAGUUUCAAGUAUUUGUUGUUGUUUGACAAAAUGGAAAUUUUAUGUUAUUCCCAUUCCGAAGAGCACAAAGUUAUUUAAAAAUGGAAAAUUGAUAAAAUAAUUCCAUUUAUUGAGUCUACUGAAAACAGUGAUGAAGGGACGACAGUGAAGCUCGACUCACCUUACUUUACCAUAAAUGACGAAACCAAAAGUUCAUGGCAUUUAGACCUGCGACUAUUAGAGGAAAAAGGAUGGUUAUCAUUAUUUUUGUUCCGAAAUGAUGGAAAUGACAAAGUAAGAAUAAGGUUUUCACUAUUCAUUUUAUACAACAAAAAUGAAAGACAAUUUUUGGAAACUUCCUGUGGCAUUCGCGAUUUUACAAUUGGACGGGGAAUUUCUAAAUUCGUUGAAAUAAAAGAGUUGUUGAAAAACAAAGAUGAUCUUAUACCAAAUAACACCUUAACUGCAAGUGUUGAACUAACUGUUUAUGAAGAUUAUCAAUCAUCUAUUACUAAAAUUUCGUUGCAACCACCACGGCGCCAAAUCACUGACGAUCUUAAAGAACUAUAUGAUAGUAAAACAAACAGCGACGUUACUUUCGUUGUGGGUAAUGAAAAAUUUAAAGCUCACAAGCUCAUACUGUAAACUCGCAGCCCUGUUUUCUUUGCGAUGUUCACCCAUGAGAUGAAGGAAAAGAGAGACAGCGAAGUUGCAAUACCUGAUAUAGAACCUGAAAUUUUCAAUAAAAUGUUGAAGUUUAUUUAUACAGACGAAAUAGAUAAUUUGGAUGCGGAUUUAUUAGAAGCUGCCGAUAAAUAUCAAUUGUUGAAACUAAAAAGUUUAUGCGAAGAAUCGUUAUCUAAGACGGCCAGUAUUAAUAAUGCGAUUGACUUGAUGAUUUUAGCAGAUCUGCAUAAUUCUAAUCAAUUGUUAGAAUAUAUGCUUGAAUUCAUUGUAAAAAACAUCGGAGAUGUCAUUGCAACUUCGGAGUAUAAAAUAUUAGAAGAAACUAAACCAGCUCUAGUUUCAAAAUUAAUGAAAAGAUUAGUAACUUCAAUAAAGAUUGACGCUUCAAAAGAUGAAAAAUAAUUGGAAAAUGGUUCACUAAGUACUCAAUUGAUAAGAGAACUGCGUUUGAACAGAGUAUUUACCUGAAAUUUUUGGGUUUUACGAUUGGAAAACGAUACAUACUUAUAUUGCAAAUCUAAUAAGAACUAUUUUUACAAAGUAAAUACAUUCGAUAGUUACUGUUUCUUAAUAUACUAUUUCUAGAUGAUCAACUCAAAUAUUCAUUACUAUAUAAAUAUUUUUUAAUACAAAGUACAAAUUAGUUUAUAUAAAUUAACAUGAUUUUUUAAAAUUAUUGUCGAAUGUAAGCGUAAGAAAUUGGUCAGUGACGAUUGUGAACUUGUAGAAAUUUUGUUACUUUCAUAUCUUCUUUCUAAUAAAUUUUUUCUAAAAACUAAUUAAAUUGUUCAAAAACAUAUCACGUAUUACUUAUUUAAUUCUUAUCAUCGCAAUAUUUAAUACAAGUUCAAUGCGUACAUCAUAAAAUUAGCAUCAAUACCUUAUAAUUAUUCACGACAUUAAACAGAAAAUAACUGUUUACUUUUCGUCGUAUGGUAUUCCAAUAAUUGUUGUCAUUAAACAUUGCGUGGGUGGAAAACAAAUUAAUGUGUGAAAAAAUAAUAAGGAUCAAAAGUUAUUAGUUAAAAUUAAUU